AUGGCGGAUCUCCCAAAGGAGCGAUUGGAUGGAUCGCAUGCAUUUGAAGUCACUGGCAUUGAUUUUUGUGGGCCAUUCUUUUACAAGCCGGAAGUGCGAAACAAGGCCCCAGUGAAAUGCUACGUUUGCGUCUUUAUCUGCUUCGCAACAAAGGCCAUUCACUUGGAGUUGAUCAGGGAUCUCUCAACAGUAUCAUUUCUGCAUGGCCUCAAGAGAUUUAUAUGCACCAGGAGAAGACCGCGGCAGAUUUGGUCGGACAAUGCAACCAACUUUGUCGGUGCACGCAAUGAGCUGCUUGAGUUGAGACGCUUGUUCCUCAGCGACGAGCAUCAGAAAGCGACGUUGGACUUUUGCCUAGCGGAGCUUAUUGAUUGGCGCUUUAUUCUUCCCAGAUCGCCGCAUUUUGGUGGUCUCUGGGAAGCAGCGGUGAAGACGGCGAAGUACCAUUUCUACCGCGCUAUUGGACCUUCAGUGCUGGCCUUCGACGAGCUGCGGACUCUUCUGUGCCAUAUUUCGGCAGUAGUUAACUCUCGGCCUUUAGUCUCAAUUUCAGAAAAUCCCGCUGAUCUGGAUGUGCUAACGCCAGCCCACUUUCUGAAUGGUGGUCCACCAUCCUCAUUCAUCGAGCCGGAUGUGACCGCCCUUAACUUCAAUCGCAAGUCUUCUGGACCCGAUGGAAGGAAGAAUAUCUGA